UCUAGCAGAAGACAGAACACUUUCCUCGCUUUUCCCUGUUUGGAAGUCACCUCUGCAUGCGGGGUUCCUAAUAUGAAUCCUGACCAUCGCACAUGUUGACCGCGAAGCCUGCGUUUUAUUUAUUUAUUUUCGUCAUGAUCGCUUCUCAUUAUAGUACCUUAUUUAACUACUAUUCACCUGCACAAAUAAAGUCGAGGGGCAGCUAGAGGCAGAAGCGAUCUUCAGCGCGAAGAGUGAGAAAUCGUUCUGUCACAUCUGCUUUUGAAGCCAGACUUAUCGCAAGUACUGCCACUUUUUACAGCAUGAUCUCGAUAGCAUCUGCAUCGUGUAAGCAUUGGUGUAACAAUACGGUCAAAACACUUCUUGUGAGGAGACCAACGUUGAAUACUCAUGUCUGGAAGCAGAUCCCACGCAAUGUUACAAGGUCCUUACACGCUCCGCCAAGCGGCAGGCAAACGAAACUUCCUUUCCCAUCGGUUUGGCUCUUCGGCAGUGGCUGCGUUGUAUUUGGAGCCGCCAAAUGCGCGCUAUCCCCAGCAGCACACUGCAGAGUGGGUGGCGGCCACAAGACCAGAGUAUACGACGAACCCAGAAACAAUAAUGUGAAAUUUGACUGGAAAACAUUUUUCCACUACUUGAAACCUGACUGGCUCCUCUUACUUAUCGCUGUCUUUAGUGCACUGGCAGUGGCAUUCGUCAAUAUCAAGAUACCCGUAUGCCUGGGCGAUGUCGUCAACGUGCUGAGCCACUUCACGAGAAGCGCAGGUGAUGAAGCCGCGGACCAUGCCGACAGGGUGGCACAGUUCUUCGCAGAAAUUCGAGAGCCGGCGCUGAAGCUUGUAGGCAUCUACGUGAUGCAGAGUGCCCUGACAACAAUCUAUAUAUCUACAUUGGCUCACGCUGGCGAGAGGUUUGCUACCAGGCUCCGUCAAGCCAUGAUGGACGCUAUUUUGAGACAAGAUAUAACUUUCUUCGAUAAGACCAAAACAGGCGAAAUUAUGAGCAGCCUGAGCGGUGACGUACAAGACUUCAAAAGUGCCUUCAAACUCUGCAUCUCGCAGGGCAUACGGAGCGUCGCUCAAACCGUAGGUUGUGUCAUGUCCCUAUAUUACAUUUCGCCAGAAAUGACAACGCGAAUGUUGACGGUACUGCCAGUCAUCAUCGCGGCUGGUACCGUCUUCGGGUCGCUUCUUCGAUCACUGUCGAGAGCAGCUCAGGAACAGACGGCAAAAGCUGUCGGAAUCGCGGACGAAGCCAUCGGUAACAUACGAACGGUCAGAGCUUUUGCUAUGGAGGAUUCUGAAGCGAAGUUCUUCGAGACAGAAACGAAAAAGGCUGAGCAGCUUCAUGCCUCGCUCGGCGUCGGGAUUGGUUGCUUCCAGGGCGUUACCAACUUGGCCAUCAAUGGAAUAGUGCUCGGAGUCCUCUAUAUGGGGGGCAACAUGAUGGAAGCCAACCAGCUAUCGCCAGGAAAACUCAUGUCGUUUCUCGUCGCAACGCAGAUGAUUCAACGGUCCCUCGCACAGUUAUUCAUGCUCUUCGGCCACUAUAUUCGUGGAAUUACAUCUGGUGCCAGAGUGCUUGAGUAUAUCAACAUGAAGGACAACAUUACAAUAACAGGAGGCAUACAACUUCCCUUAGAAACAUUGCGUGGCGACAUUGUGUUCAAGAACGUAUCCUUCGCGUACCCCAGCAGGCCAAAACAGUACGUUCUCGAGGACUUCUCUCUGCAACUUCCUGCUGGCAAGGUGGUCGCAAUUUGCGGGCCGUCUGGAAGUGGAAAGUCGACAGUCGCUGCUCUGCUCGAAAGGUUCUACGACCUCAAAGAAGGCAGUAUUACCAUAGAUGGGCACAACUUGUCCGAACUCGACCCAACUUGGUUACGAGGAAAAGUGAUUGGCUUUAUCAGCCAGGAACCGGUGUUGUUUGCCACGAGCAUCAUGGAAAAUAUACGCUAUGGACGACCAGAUGCGACUGAUGAAGAUGUAUACGAAGCAGCGAGACAAGCACACGCUCACGAGUUCAUCACGUCCUUCUCCAAGAAAUAUGACACCGUCUUGGGAGAACGCGGUGUCACCAUCUCCGGUGGACAGAAGCAACGAAUCGCCAUCGCCAGGGCGCUCCUAAAAAAUCCCCACAUUUUAAUACUCGACGAAGCCACUAGUGCCUUGGAUGCUGAAUCCGAAAAAGUUGUACAAGCGACGCUGGAUGAAGUUGUUAAGGGUAGGACAGUGCUCGUGAUCGCACACAGACUUUCGACCAUCAGAAACGCGGACAUAAUUGCCGUGCUCUUGGACGGCAACAUUGUCGAGAUCGGUGACCACAACUCCCUGACCCGGCAGAAGGGCAUGUACUGGAAGCUGACGCACCAUCACGAGCACGUGCGGCCUAGUGGCUAAGCCUAAGCAUCGAUAGCUACAUAUUUGAAGAAGAUGAAGAAAAAGCUUGCCAAAAUAUAUCGAUGAACGACGCAAAAUAUAUAUUAUUUACAAUUACAA